CAAGGGAGCCAUGGCUGCUGCAGGGGUUCACAUCCAGCGUCUCCGCGAUGAAGCCACUUGCUCCAUCUGCCUGGAUUACUUCAAGGAUCCAGUCACCAUCCCAGAGUGUGGGCACAACUUCUGCCGAUCCUGCUUGACCCAGUGCUGGGGGGAAUCGGAGGCAGAGGCUUCCUGCCCUCAGUGCAGGAAAAGAGUCCAGAGAAGGAGCCUCAUCCCCAACCGGCAACUGGCUAACUUUGUAGAAAUAGCCCAGAAUCUCUGUGUUCAAGGAGGAAAAGAAGAAGAAAGAAAAGGAGGAGUCUGCGAGGAGCACCAGGAGCCCCUGAAGCUCUUUUGCAAGGAGGAUGAAGCCCCCAUUUGCGUGGUUUGUGACAAAUCAAAGGAGCACAAACAGCACGAGGUGAUUCCUCAGAAGGAGGCUUUCGAGGAAUACAAGGGAAAGAUCUGUAGCCACCUGGAGAUUCUCAGGAAAGAGAGAGGGGAAAUUCUGGCCUAUCAAGCAGAUCUGGAGAAGGAAUGCAAAACCUCCUUAAAUUAACAGAAACGGAGAGGCUGAUGGCUGUGUUGAAGUUCAGACAACUGCACCAGUUCCUGGAAGAACAAGAAAAACAUCUGCUGAAUCACGUGGAAGAGGUGGAGAAGGAGAUUGCAGGGAGAAGGGACGAGGAGCUGGCCAGACUCUCCAGGAAACUCUCCUCUCUUGAGAGGAUCAUCCAGGAGAUGGAGGAGAAGCGUCAGCAGCCAGCGGAGUGAACUCCUGCAGGAUGUGAGAAGCACCUUGCAGAGGUAUGAGAAAAGAGAGAGUCCAGAGAAGCCUCUGCCUUUCCCUCCAGAACUGAGGAACGGGAUCUUGAAAUCCUGUGAUCAAA